CUAUUGCUCCAAUUUCCAAUUACCUUCCCAUUUUUCCAUCAAAAUCUUCUCUAUAUAUCCUCCAAACCUCAGCCCCUUCCAGGAAACCCACCUGAAGACUUACGAAAAUCUUUCCGUACCCUUAUAUAAACAAAGUGUUAGGCUGCUGCAGCACACUUCUGAGCUUUAUAUUAUAUUGCAGCAGCCAUGGAUGUAGUUGGUGUUAACCACGUGAGCAGCAAAAAGCAACCCAAAAGGAUCACUAAGAAGCCUAUCAAGGUGGUUUACAUAUCAACCCCCAUGAAGGUGAAGACCAGCGCCUCCAAGUUCCGAGAUCUCGUGCAGGAACUCACCGGCCAGGACUCCGACACGACGCGGUAUGUCGAGAUUAAUGGCACCGACGACAACGGAGACGCUAAUUGUCGUCACGACUUUCCUGAUCAACAAUUCAGGACUAUGUUUGAUGAGGCAUCUGGAUUUCCUUUGUCAAAUUCUUAUUGCAAUUUGCUGCAGCCAUAUUCAGAAUCUUCGUUCAAUCCAUCACAGAACAUGCUUAGAAGCUUCGAUCUCAUGUAAAAAUGUUGUAUAAGGUGCUUGUUUAGUUAAUUUUAAGUUGUGAGUUUGUACUUUUUUGUGUGUAAUAAGUCAUAAUUCUAUUUCGUUAGUAUUUAUCUAUGAUAGAGUUUAGAUUA